AUGGCGGGGCAGAACGCGGGUGUUGAUCUGUUCGAUUCAUAUUUCCGGCGAGCAGAUUUGGAUGGCGACGGUCAGAUCAGUGGUGCUGAAGCCGUUGCUUUCUUCCAAGCUUCCGGCCUGCCCAAGCAAGUUCUUGCCCAGGUCUGGAUGUAUGCUGACCAGAGGAAAGCUGGAUACCUUGGGCGACAAGAAUUCUAUAAUGCUCUCAAACUUGUUACUGUGGCUCAAAGUAAACGGGACCUUACCCCUGAUUUAGUGAGGGCUGCAUUGUAUGGUGCGGCAUCUUCAAAAAUCCCAGCUCCUAAGAUUAAUCUUGCUGCCACACCUGCUCCUAAAGUGGCAGCCCCUGUUUCACAGUUUGUUGGCUCAUCAUCGGCUUUAUCUCAGAAUGCUGGGAUUAGACCAGCUCAGCUGCCUGCAAAUGCACAGAUGAACCAGCAAUACUUCCCAACUCAGCAAAACCAGUUUAUGAGACCACAGCAGGGCAUGCCUCCCAACUCGAUAUCCCAUCAACAACAGCCUCCCAACUCGAUGUCCCACCAACAACAGCCUCCCAACUCGAUGCCCCACCAACAACAGCUUGUUCCUAGCCAAGGUAUUACCACCCCGCCUGCCACUCGCCAAUUAGGUUCAGGUAACUCAACCGAUUGGCUAAGUGGAAGCACUAGUGCACCAACAUCUUUAACUCCAAAUCAAGGGAACACUCCUAGUACAAGACAAGAUGGAGUCAUGCUAUCAACUUCAGGGAUGACAACCUCGGUUCAACCUAGACCUUUGGUGCUUACUGGGCAGAUACCUUCUUCUCAACCACAAUCUCAAGGCACAACCACAUUCUCGAAGCCACCUGUAUCUAUUGAGCCUAAAGCAUUGACCGUUUCGGAGAAUGGAUUUAACACUGACUCAAGUUUUGGGAAUGUAUUUUCUGCUUCUCCUAAUCAGCCAAAUAAGAUCUCUUCAUCAUCUGCUUCUUCUGUCAGCAGUUCUGGUGUUUCUUCAGCAAUAAUGUCUUCUGCUGAAUCACUGUCUUCAGUUAAGCCAAGUCCCAUUGAAUCUUUGCAGAAAAAUGUUCCUCAGCAAGUUUUUGGUGGUCAGCAAACAGGGAAACCAAACCAAACUAUUGCAGGUCAAGUUACUAAUGCACGUCCCUUGGGCGUGUUUCCCGUUGCAUCAGGAAAUAUGGGUUCUGGUCAAUCGCAUAAUUCCUGGCCAAGGAUGACCCAAGCUGAUAUCCAGAAGUAUUUGAAAGUGUUUUUACAAGUAGAUAUGGACAGAGAUGGAAAGAUCACUGGCGAACAGGCACGCAAUCUCUUCUUAAGCUGGAGGCUUCCAAGAGAGGUCUUGAAACAGGUCUGGGAUUUAUCUGAUCAAGACAAUGAUAGCAUGCUUUCUGCGAAGGAGUUUUGUGUUGCACUCUAUUUGAUGGAACGUUUCAGAGAAGGUCGCCCUCUUCCUGUGAGCCUUCCAAGCUCAGUCAUUUCGGAUGAAGCUCUGUUGUCUGCUACAAGCCGCCCUACUGCUUCACAUGCUGCUGGCGCUUGGGGACCUGGCCCUGGUUCUCGACAACCGCAAGUGAUGCCUGGUGCGCGGCCACCACAUGCUGGAGCACCGAGGCCACCGCGCCCUCCCUCUGCCCCUCAAGCUGAAGAAAAACAGCCUAGUCAACCAAAGCCCAAAGUUCCAGUGCUGGAAAAGCAUCUUGUGGAUCAACUUAGUCAAGAGGAGCAGGACUCUUUGAACUCGAAAUUCCAAGAGGCAUCUCAGGCAGAUAAAAAGGUUGAAGAGCUGGAAAAGGAAAUUUCAGAAUCUAGACAGAAGAUUGAUUUCUAUCGUGCUAAGAUGCAAGAAUUGAUUUUAUAUAAGAGCCGCUGUGAUAAUCGCCUUAAUGAGGUCAUAGAAAGGGUGUCUUCCGAUAAACACGAGGUUGAUGCAUUAGCCAAGAAGUACGAAGAGAAAUACAAGCAGGCUGGAGAUGUAGCCUCUAGAUUAACCAUCGAGGAGGCUACCUUUCGUGACAUUCAGGAGAAGAAAAUGGAAGUCUAUCGGGCAAUUGUUAAGAUGGAAGGAGGGACUGCUGAGGGUGCCCUUAAGGAGCGAGCCGACCAUAUUCAUUCUAGUCUAGAGGAAUUAGUGAAGAGUUUGAAUGAACGCUGCAAACAAUAUGGAUUACGUGCUAAACCUAUGUCGCUGGUUGAGCUUCCAUUUGGCUGGCAGCCUGGAAUACAAGAAGGAGCAGCUGACUGGGAUGAAGAUUGGGAUAAGUUUGAAGACGAAGGAUUUACCUUUGUCAAAGAGCUGACUACAGAAAUGCAGAAUGUUGUGGCUCCUCCAAAACCAAAAUCAGUUCGAAAGGAGAAAACAACAGCUUCCGAAGGUGGUUUAAGCGUUUCUUCAUCAAAUGCUGAAGCCAAGUCGGAGAGGAUUUCUGGUGAAGGAGAAUCGGUUUCUGAUAAAGAAUCACCAGCAAAUGGUCAAAGUGAGAAUGGUGAGGUAGGAACUCCUCCAGAGAGUCCAACUCGGAAGACUGGAGCAGAAAACCAAACUCAUGAAGUCAAAGGGAGUGCUGGUGCCGACAGUUCGCCCCAUGCCAGGGGAAUGUCAAUUGACGUGGCUGAUAAUGCUAGUGUAUUUUCGGGUGACAAAAUUGUGGAUGAACCUGCUUGGGGUAGAUUUGACAGCCAUUAUGAUAGUGAAUCAAUUUGGGGAGCGGACUCUGUCAAUGGCAAGGAAGCUGAUCUUGAAAGCCAUGCAGACAGUUCUAUUUACGACAUUGGCGACUUUGGUCUGAAUCCAAUAAAGACAGGAACUGUCCAGGGGAAGAGCUCAUUCAUGUUUGACUCUGUUCCUAGCUCCCCUGCUUAUAAUAACCAAGGGAAUAAUAGCUCCUAUACAUUUGAUUCUGUUCCAAGUACUCCUGCUUAUAACCAAGGAAAGAGCUCAUAUGGAUUUGAUUCCGUGCCUGGAACUCCUGCUUCGUAUAACCAAGGGAAGAGCUCAUUUGGGUUUGAUUCUGUGCCUGGAACCCCUGCAUAUAACCAAGGGAGAAACUCUAUCAUGUUUGAUUCGGUUCCUAGUACCCCUGCCCAUAAUCAGCAGCAGGGAAUGAGCUCAUUCGGGUUUGCUGAUUCUGUUCCAAGCACCCCUGCUUAUGACUUGGGGAGGAAAGGCACAUUCUCCUCGUUCGCUGAUUCUGUCCCGGGCACACCCGCCUACAAUUUUGGCUCAGAAGAUCACUCCUUUGACAGCUUCUCCAGGUUCGAUUCGUUCAAUUUGAAUGAAAGUACCAGCUCGUUUCAAUCUUCAGCAGGCCCUUCUCUUGCAAGGUUUGAUUCAGUCAGAAGCACGAGAGACUCUGACCAAGGGUAUGGGUUACCAUCAAGGUUUGAUUCAUUCAGAGAAACUGGCGACUCGGAUCAGGGCAAUGGGUUCUCGAGAUUCGAUUCAUUCAGGGAUUCCGACCAGGGUCAAGGAUUCCCGUCGAGGUUUGAUUCAUUCAGAGACUCUGACCACAGCCAAGGAUUCCCAUCGAGGUUCGACUCGUUCAGGGAUUCUGGGGAUUCUGAUCAAGGUCGAGGGUUUUCGAGGUUCGACUCAUUUGGUGGUGGUCAUGACUCUGGGUUCGAUUCUGGGCAUGACUCCAAGGACCAUGGGUUUUCGUCAUUCGAUUCAGAUCCAUUUGGGUCUAGUGGACCAUUUAGGACGUCAUUGGACGGUGGUGCGACACCGUCGGCGAAAAGAAGUUCUGAUGAGUGGAAAGCCUUCUGA